AUGUUCGCUCCUCGCUCAACUCACUUGCCUCGUACCUACUCAGUAUACCAUCAACCAGUUACAACCAAGAGAAACACAAACAAGGAGAAUGCCGGUGCUCUUCCUUCCAAAACACCUUCGAGAGCAGGUAAACCCAUGAUGGGUGGUGGGUUGGGGGCAGGCAUGAGGAUGGGUCUGGGAGUCAAGACUGAGGUAAGGGACAGGAAUGUAUUAGUGCAACAGCAGCAGCAUCAAGGUGGGGGUAAAGGGAAGGGGAAAGAAAGCGAAGAUAUAGAACCAAAGAGAUUGUUCGGUCACGGUCCAUCCAAAUCAACAACUUCCAUCCCACCUUCCAAAUCACUCUCUUCCAUGCCUCAUAUCCAACUUACCAAAACGCCUGCUCCAUCGAGGAAGAAACAACAAUCUUUCCAGGCAUUAAGGACACCUGCUCCUUCGUUCCAGGAACCUGCACCUACACCAUUACCAUCUGCUACGAGACAACGACGGAGGUCUAGGCAAUCGUUAUCGACCAUAAGUCUGACACCGAUCAAAGCGUCGAUAGAACAGAGUUUCGUUACUCCCGCUCCGAUUCCAUGGGAUGAAGAGCUGAGUCUAGGUAGUAUUGAAGAGACUGCCAAUGAGAUGUUGCAGGAUGUAAGGGAGGAGAAUGAGUUGGAUGAUGGGAGUGAUGGUGAUCCUGAAUAUAUGCCUCCUCCUGUACAAGAACUCCCUUAUACACCUGCAUACGAUCAUCCAGAUCUAACAUCGAUAUUCUCCACUUUAUCUUCAUUACCUCCGAUGUGGACAGUCCACGACGACGUGAUCAUAAGGGAUCUACCGGAGUUCGAGUUUCAGGAAAUGACCGUAGGAGGAUUGACUUUGAAGGACGAUGAAGAAUUGGAAGAAGAGUGGUUGAGACCUAAAUCCAAACCUCAACUCAAACCUCCUCAAAUGACCAAACCCCAAUACACCUCAAUCAGGGGAGUACCACCUAAAUCGUCCUUACAACCCAAAAUCACACCCCGUCCAAGCGUAACUUCACGAUUAAACCCUACAACCAAAACUAAACCUCCUGCGCCUGUACCUAGACCACCUCCAAUCAGACAGAAAACCACCAGUUCGACUGGACCCCGAUCCGCACAGGCCCGUCAAGCCUCAUUACACCCCGCACAAAAGGCCUCUCAACCUGUAAAACCGAUUAAGCUCAGUGAGGAGGAUCAGAAGUUGUUUGAGAGUUGGGAGAAAGAAGAUUUCCCAUCGGGAGAUUUCGAAUUGUACUUGGAUAUGGAGAUGGAUGAUGGUAAUUUGAUAUCCCAUUAG